AUGCCGCAGCAAAUUGAAAGCGCCAUGGCAAGCAGCACACUGUGUUCCGUCUCAUCGGCAUCCUCAUCGCCGUUGAGUGGGCCCGAUUCCGAAGCUGCACGCCUGGCCAUCACGCCGAUUACUGGAACAGCAACGACCACCACGUUCUUGGGCAUAUCGCAGCCAAUUUCGCUGUCGCCGCCCGAUGCACGAGAUUUGGAGCUAUCGGACAAGCAAAUGCCGGAAGCCGAAAUUGAAAAGGUGGGCGGCAAACUCUUCACGUUCGGAUCGUAUCGACUCGGCGUUCACACCAAAGGUGCUGAUAUUGAUUCGUUGUGUGUGGCACCACGUCAUGUCAAUCGCAGCGAUUUCUUCACCAGUUUCUAUGAAAUGCUGGCAAAGGACCCGAACACAUCGGAGCUGCGACAGGUGCAGGAAGCGUUCGUGCCCGUGAUCAAGCUUAAAUACCGCGGCAUUGAACUGGACAUACUUUUCGCCCGUUUGGCCUCAACACAGGUACCGGAAGACCAACAGCUGAAAGAUGAUUUUAUCCUGAAGAAUUUGGAUGAGAAGAGCAUUCGCUCGCUAAACGGCUGCCGCGUCGCCGAUGAAAUAUUAAGCUUGGUACCGAAUGUUACCAGUUUCACGUACACGCUUCGAGCGAUCAAACUCUGGGCACAAAAUCAUGGCAUUUAUUCGAAUGUUGUUGGCUUCCUCGGAGGAGUUUCGUGGGCAAUUCUAGUUGCCCGUAUAUGCCAGUUAUACCCAAAUGCGGCACCAUCACGACUUGUGCAAAAAUUUUUCAUAGUGUUCUCGAGAUGGGAUUGGCCGCAUCCAGUAUUUUUAAAAGGCAGUCAGACUGCGCGCCUCAUCGAAAUGCCGUCCUUCCAGGAACUUGUAUGGGAUCCGCGCACACGAAUUGGUGACCGAUAUCACUUGAUGCCAAUAAUAACGCCAGCGUUUCCGGAGCAGAACUCCACAUUCAAUGUCACCAGAUCAACGCGCCAGGUUAUGAUGGAAGAGAUUGGCGAAGGCGUUAGUAUCGUAAUGGAUAUAAUGGAUGGAAAAGCCGAAUGGCCAGCGCUCUUCGAGGAGGUUAAUUUCUUCUCGCGCUAUAAACAUUUCCUGGCGCUUCUGUCCAUUGCGGCAACUGAGGUAUGUUUUUCAUCGUUUGUUAAGUUUGUUUUUGAAAUACAUAUAAAAAAUGUUUCUGAAUUAAUGGAGAAAGUCAGGAGAGUGGAGAAUUGA